CGCGCCUCCUCGGUUUACGUCAUUGUUUUCCACCUUAACGCGGAAAUAGACGACGCAACCGAAUUGAACUCUUUCAACUUUUAACGCAGUUUUGACGUGAACAAGAGAACUUUGGGGUCUGGCCCCUGUCGGCAUGGCAACCGUUACAAACAUCCCCAUGCUGCUGCUCCUCCUCUGCGUCUGCGUCUGCGCGGUAGAUGGCGCCGCCGCCGAGAACCGCUCGGAGGCCGCACCCGCCCGUGUUGUGCUCAAGGAGGGAACCGAUGCACGGAUUGAGUGCAACGUAACCGGGCUCGGUGGCAAUGUCACAUGGUACGGUCCUGGCGGACGGCUGCCCGUGGAGGACCCGGGCGGAAAGUGGCUGGUUGAGGAAAGCGGUGGCCUCAACAUCAGCGUCGUCUCCUUCGAGGACCGCGGCCGCUACACCUGCGUGUGGGAGGACGGCGGCAACUACAGCGUGACGGUCCGCGUGGCCUACACCCACAGCGGCCUGGGCGUCUACUACGUGGGCGUGUGCCUGGCCACCUUCUCCGUCACCAUGGUCCUCAACGUGGCUCUGCUGGGCAUGGUCCGCAGCCACCUGAAGAAGACGGAGCGGGCCGUCAACGAGUUCUUCCGUACCGAGGGCGCAGAGAAACUCCAGAAGGCCCUGGAGAUCGCCCGCCGCAUCCCCAUCAUCACGUCGGCCAAGACGCUGGAGCUGGCCAAGGUCACGCAGUACAAGACCAAAGAGUUUGCGCGGCACAUGGAGGAGCUGGCCCGCAGCGUCCCCUUGCCACCGCUAUUGCUCAACUGCCGCGCCGGGGCCGACCAGGUGGGCAAUGGCGAGCCCCCGGACAGUAGCAGGGAGGCAGCCGGCGGCGGCGGCGACGGGGCGCCGGCGGGGCUGCUGGCGGGGGGGGGAGAAAGCCACGUAGCCCGCCUGGAGGUGUUGAUUCACUCGCCGUAAAGUUUGAAAACGGGCAAGGAAUGCAUUUGUGAACAGCACCAAGAAAAA